AGGAGCCUUGUUGAUGUUAAGGGAUACGAGGCGUAUGUUAUUCAUAAGUUUCCUGAAAAUGUAAGUAGAAUACAGCUACUGUAAUGCAGUUUAUUUGGUUUGCGGUAGUUUGCUUGCAAUGCCAAUGAACUUUUCCCAUACUAUCUUGUUGACCAGUUAAUUUUUGAGUUGCAUACACUUAUGAUUUGCGUACACUGAUGAGUUCAAUGAGUUUAAAUUGGUUAGUUGUCUAAGGGGUAAUGAAAGGGUGACAGUAACAUGGAGAUUUCAAAUACACAGCUGGUGAGACUAUUCUAGAAGAAAAGAAAUUUAUUGCAUGGAUGGGAAACGCAUUAUAAGAAAGAAAAUCACAGACACCCACAGAAAUGAGUACCACUAACUAAUCUAAUCCACACAGUCAUAAUGAAGUAAUAGCUUUCAAAAAUGCUAUGCACCUAGAAUAAAAAUAAAUCUGGGCAAAGAAUAUCUAUUGGAUAUUUAUUUAGCAUUUUCAUUUGUUAUAUUUUUUCUAUUAGCAAAUAUCCCCAUCUGAACUAUCUAGUACUACGCUAAAACCACAGAAAGGAACUUAAUGGAUUAAAUCAUAUUUGGCCUGUCUCUGGGUAGAAACGACAACCUGUACUUAUACUGGUCUAUGGCAUGGACGUACUCACUUGUAUGUCUAUGUCCCGCUUGUUAAUACUGUGUGGCUUGAUGCUAUCCAGGGUCUCCAUAUGAUGCUGUAGUAAACAUUGAUUUUAGGUCAGGCUUUGCUUAGGCGCAAGAUGAUGUGGCUGAUGAUGUAGCAGGUUUCUUAAUUAAACUUGUCUACUAGGAGUCACCAUCUGACCUGGUUGUGACUGACGAGUGGCAUGUACUGACCACUGGUAUUUUAGGUUAGGGAAAGCAUUGGGGGGUGGGGGGGGGUUCUACCUAGCAGCAUGAGCAUGUAAACAAUAACACAAAGGCAUGGUACAGGAGAUACAUUUUUUUAAAAUCCACUUGGUCUUAACAACUCGUGUGUUUGUAGUAUCUAACUAAGUUGAUGAAAUACAAGGUUAUAUAACUCAUAGGUUCACAACCAUUGGUAUAUGGACUGGUGCCUCUCUGCAGAAAUUUCCUGCUGGCCUGCAUAACUUUAUUUCAAGUAACGUUUGCUUCUUUAAAAGUUUCAAACAUUCAGAUGUGAAUUUUUUUUUCCAGCUUUUUCUAUCAUGAAAGAAAGAAAAAGGAAUAGAAGAUAUAAGUGAUAUGUUAAAUAUAAUUGAUAUCAUGUUAAAUGUAAUUGAUAACAUGUUAAAUGUAAUUGAUAUGUUAAAUAGCUAAUGGGUUAAAUAAAAGAUUUUCUCGAAGUCAUGUAGUACUUCCUGUUGUGAGUGUUUGAUCAAAGUCUUUACUACUGUAGGCUGUAAUUUAUUUAUAUGUCUUUAUUUAUAUCUUAUAUAUACAUUUAUUAAUGAGGUUUAGAAGAAUCAAGAAAUAUAUAUCCAUGAGGUGCUGACAUCACAUCUUGAUUAUUCAGAAGACAUAAGAAACCAGUUGCAGCCGAUAAAAAUUUGGGCAAAAAUAUUGGGGGGGGUAAAUCCUGUCUUGGAUAAUAAGAUAAAAUAAUUUCAGUGCGUAUGUCAGCCAAGUUUAAUUUUGCCCAAGCUUGAAUGCACGUAAUGAUUGCUAUAAGUUGACAUCAUCUGUCUGAUGAGUGGCACCAUAUUUAACAUGCAGCUGCAUUACAAAGUAGGAUCACAGGGUAAUAUUUAUAAACCAACCAAGGAGGUAAAUCUGCUUGUUCAUUCGUGUAAUUUCCAGUCUUUGUGCAUUUUAAUUUGGCCAGGUUUUAAGUACCCCUAAAAGAAAUUUCGAUUUAAUUUACGCUGCAUCUAUAGUUGACACCUAUCUUACAGGUCUUGCUCUGGGUGCAUCAAAAAUAUUAGUAGUUGUUGUUGUUGUUUUUUUGUUGUUGUUUUUUUUUUUUGGGGGGGGGGGUUGUAUUAGACUCAAGUAAUGAAUAAAUAAAAUUUUUCCCCACAAAGCAUGCUCUAUUUAGUUACCCCCCUACCUGAAAUAUCUUGCUCUGAGUGCAUCUAAAAUAAUAGUUUUUUGGGGUUUUUUUUUAAGGGGCUAAAAUAACGAGGUCACAAAAUAUUUCCUCAUGAAGCAUGCUUUUCAGAUUUGUUCAUGUUAUUCUAGGCUCAGAUUUAAUGAUUGCUUUUAAAAUUAUUAAAUGUUCAUUGAAUUUGUCUAUGCUUUGUCUGAAAUGUGACCUUGUUUAGUUUAGCACAUCCUACACAUCUUUUCUGUUGUGUCUUCUAGUAUCUUGAUUUUGGAGUGGUAUGUUUAUGUCAACAAAUUAUUCUCAGAUAAUUUGCUUUAUUCAUAAUACUUUGGGUCAUACUUUUUUUUUUUAUAAUAAGCCUCUUACCUUUGGCUCUUGGAUCCUGGAGUAAUUUUAGGAACCCAUUAACAUUUUUCCAUUAACAAGGCUCAGAUCAUUGUGCCAAAACACCAAUAUGUUGCUCUUCCUGAUUGGGGUCUCCCAAAUUAUGGGAGAGGAAAAAAAUGGAAUUAAAAUGGAAUUAGCUUGAUCACAGGCCAUUAAUAUUUCAAAUUGGUCUGACCAAGUCAAAGAUUUGAGAAACCCUUCAUUGGAUCUACCAUGAUAUAACUAUAUCUAUCUAUCCAUACAUAUAUAUAUAUAUAUAUAUAUAUAUAUAUAUAUAUAUAUAUAUAUAUAUAUACACAGUAUUAUAUAUCUCAGUGUGUGUUUGUUUUUUUCAAAAUACUCAAAAAAUAUAUUUCAAAUUGGUCUGACCAAGUCAAAGAUAUGAGAAACCCUUCAUUGGAUCUACCAUGAUAUAACUAUAUAUAUCUAUCCAUACAUAUAUAUAUAUAUAUAUAUAUAUAUAUAUAUAUAUAUAUAUAUAUAUAUAUACACCGUAUUAUAUAGCUCAGUGUGGGUUUGUUUGCUUCAAACUACUCAAAAAAGACUGGACGUAGAGUGUUGAAAUUUUGCACAGAUAUCUAUUAUCCUAGAAUCAGAAUAGGCUUUGUCAUAUUUUUUUUCACCUGACCUCAGGUUGGUCAUGUUGGCCAAAAUUUGUGGUUUUCAUUAUAUGAGCCAUACAAAUUCCAUGGAGAAGUGUCAUGUUUUGCACUGUGGCUAGGUCGGUCAUGAAUGUACAAUAUAAGUGCAUUGUGUUGAGUGUUAAUUUACUUUGACGUCUGAACUUUGUGAAAAGUAUCCUUAUUGAAUAAUCACUCAUAGACAGGGGUGAUCAACCUUUUUUUCCUAAAUAGCCACGGUUGUGGUGAAUGGAAAGUAAAAUACACCACACUAUAAUAUAUAAAUCAUUAAACAUUGCUAUUAAAUAAAAUUAAAUGAAGAGAUAAGCUGAUUAAUCAUAUUUUAACGAAACUUAAAUGUGAACUUUGACCUUCCUUUUCUUGAACAAGCUGCACAACUUUUAGUUCCAUUCUUUUACUUGCUACUCAAGGUGCAGCUCAUCGCUGCUUCUAAUUACUCCAAACAACAAUAAACUCGAAAUAUGUAUUUUGGAAUGAUGAACCCUCUUGUUCAGUGGUUCUCAACCUUCCUAAUGCAGCGACCCUUUAAUACACAUCCUCAUGUUGUGGCGACCCCCAGCUCCAAAACUAUUUUCUUUGCUACGUCAUAGCUGUAGAGCAUAUGUGUUUUCAGAUGGUCUUAGGCGACCCCUGGAAAAGGGUCAUGCGACCCCCAAAUGGGGGCGCAACCCACAGGUUGAGAACCGCUGCUCUUGUUGCUAUUGCUGAUUCACAGAAUGAAAACAAUCCAAACACUGAAAAUACUUGUGAAAUGCCCAGUUUCAAUAUCACAAGAUUUCUGUCAGCUGUAAUCAGUAUCUCCUCAAAAGUUGUUUUUUUUCUUUUUGAAUAGAAAUGUAAUGUUAAUAAAAUUGUAGCAGUCAGUAGGCAAUUUUCUUAUCUACAUUAAACUUAGAAAAACUAUGCGAUUACCUUUUUUUUGAAUAACAAAAUUUUUAUAAACUUAAAAUAUUUUGAGAGUCAUUUUUAAUUUUACUUUCAAAAAAAUAUUUUAUGAGUUGAUUCCAUGAUAAUGACUUUAUGUAAAAAACAUUUGGUAAAUUUUUUAUCAUUUAAUAAAUUAUUGUUAAACCAUUUCUACAAUUUGAAUGAACUAAAAUGAUAAUAUUGAAGUGAUAUGUAACUCUCAUUAAACAUACUAAAAUCUUAUUUAUUUUGUUAAUGCAAACAAGUUGACAAUUUCAUAGAAAUGAUUUAUUUUUAGAAUAAAACACACCUUUGGUGAGAUUGGAUACAUUCAAGUAUAGUAUUUAACCACAUAGAAUGCGAGGAAUUAAUGGAAAAAAUGUUACUUAAAAAUUAGGGGUUUGCAUUAUACAUGGCUGGGCAUAUCAGCAAUGUUUAAUUAAACAAUAUGUACACUUCUAAUAAGUUCUAUGAAAACCAAAUGUACUUGACCUACUUGCUUCAUAUACGUGAAUUGUAUUAUACAUGGUAAUAUAUGGUACAAAGAAGCCAAAAGGAGCACAAUGAAAAAAAUGAGGGCAUGAAAGAAUAACAGCAGGCAACUGCUCUUUAAAUUAUAAAUUUAGCACAGGCUAUUUCAGGUUGAGGUAUUGGAGCUGCAAGUUCUUUUAUUUACAUACAAAUGAGCUGUAUUAAUAGGCCUACUGUGAAGGCUUCUAUGGGAAUUGAUGGGUCUGUCUGACACUUAAUAAUCUUGAUAAACACAACGGGGGGUUAUCGUUUUCCUGAAAGUAACAUGGGCUAGGUCACUUACUUUUGGUGCAACAGACCCAAUUUUAGUAAUUUAAAAGGCCACAUCUCUGGCAUUUUUAACCUCUAUUAAUGAGAAACCUUUAAAACGUUACCUUGAGUAUUUAUUCAAAGGAUUUGGUAAGGCCCCAUUAGAAAUGAUAACUUUGGUCUAUGCUAUGUUCCUUUAUUUUAAGGCAUGAGGCCCAAUUUAUAAAUGGAAAAGGCUAAAUCUCUGGCAUUUUUUCCAAACGGUUUUAAUGAGACAACUUUUAAAGAUUACUGUAAUAUUUUUCUUAAGGGUCUUGAUAGGGCUAGAUCUUUGAGUGAACAUUUGUGCACCUCAUGGUUAUGGGCCAUUCGUGACAGUUAUCCAAGAAACAAUUUUUGAAUGUUAAGGUUAGGGAUGUUAAUGUAAAUCAUUUUUAAGUGAUAGAUUGAAUGGCGCCUUAUUGAUCGAACCCUAACCUGGGCUUUUGAUAAUAUUAUGUACUUUCUUUAUUCACAUGCUGUUAUACAAAAUGGCUUGGUAUCGGGAAAAAUUAAGGUUUUUUAAUAUCACAGCAUGUCCAGAUAUAGCUCUCUUACAUAAAGAAACAUGGGCAAUUUUUUUGGCAGGGGAACAGACGUAAUUUUUCUUUCUUAAAUUAUUUUUGAUCUAACAAAACCUUUUGAAUAUUUUUUGUCUUUUUUAACCAACUGUCCAUAACAUAUCUCAUACUAAAUCACACCUUUCCACCUUGACAAGUUUUGACCUAUCUACAUUAAUGUAUUGGCAUCCUCCCCCCCCCCUCCCCCCUGUUCAAUAACACACAACUUAUCUAAGAGUGGAGGAUGUAUGGGUAGCUAUCUAUUGUACUCACUUUUCAUAUAUAGUCUUUAUAAAUGCAAGAGGCUUUACACAUAUGAUUUUUUUUUUUUCUAAUUUGGUUAUAACUCAGCUCAACUAUUAGAAAAGUUAUUUGGAAAUGCUAUCAGUUUUGUAGUAAACAACUCCAUUUUAACAAAAUUUAAGGCAGAUAUUGAUAAUGAUUGAGAUGUUCAUUAAACUGUACUCCUGCUUCUGGUUGUUCUUAAUCAGAUGCACUAUUCCUGGAACAUAAGAUAUUAUUGACAUUUAAUUUUACAUUAAAAAAAUUAUUAUUAUUUUAAGCUAAAAGUUAUAAUUAUUUUUUUUUAAUCAAUUAAAUAGUACUACUAUUAUUAAUAAUAUCAAAAAAUGUUUUUAAAUCUUUUAAGGCUAUUUUAAAUGGAAAUAUUUAUGAAUGCUGAAUAAUAAUAUAGGGUUUAAAAUUUAAACUCCACGGCGUUGAUCAAUUUAUCUAUAAUUGUAGUAUCGAAGUUGUUUUUUAAGAAAUAAAAAAAAUUACAUAUUUUUUUAAAUACGCUCUGAUAAUAUCCAGUAAUUAUGUAUAACGUCAAUGUUCAUUUUAAUUGAGAAAUGCAAUUAAGUUUUAGAAAUGUAUUAUAGGACAUGCCUUAAGAAAGACCCAACUUAAUUAGGGCUUCAGUUAUUUCAUGGCAGAACUUAUGAAAGCAAUUUUAUAGAUGGCUCCUUCUAUUUCCUAACUCAGGUGUCCACCAACUUGUCCAUCCCAAGCUUUUGCUUUCCUGACGCUUCCAUUUUCAAACCAGGUUCUGUUUCUGCAACCAGGUAAGAACAUUUUUUUUUAAAGAUCUGAGUCAGUAAGAGUUUGGUGUCAUCUAUUUUUAGUCUUAUCAGACCUGUCAUUUUGCUUGAAGAGGUUGAUUUUUAAAAGCCAUUGAUCCUCACUCCCAAAAUUUGAUAAAUUCUGUUAAGUCACGUAAGGAAGAGUGACUUGUGAUCCAUUUAUUAUGUAUUUAUUUAGGCAAUGCAGUAAUUUUGCAUUUGUUUCACACCUUUUACAAAAUGCCUUGUUAUUGAAAAUAAUAUACCAGCAAAUAAUGCUUACAUUUAUUAAGUUAUAAUACAAACUUUUUACACUGAUACUUUUGAAAUUUUAAAAUAAACUUUUUUUUUUUUAAAUUUAGCCCACUAAAAAUGCAUUUUAUAAAUAUAUUUUAUUUUGAUAUUAGUGCAUGCAGAUGGCAAUAUCUGAAUUAUUUGUUUGAUUAAAAAUUUAGUUUUUUAAAAAACAUGUUCAUCCUAAAUAAAACAUCCAUUUUGUCAGUGAAUCAUACUCCUUUGUAAUGACUUAUGGUGAUGGCUCUCGGGUCUAUGGCUACUGUCGAAGGAUACAGGUGAGAAUAUCAAUUUCGACAAAGUGAUAAACUAUUUUACAUUAAAGGUAUUAGAUGCUUAGGAACAAAGCUAGCUACAGGUUAUGUCUAAAAUUUAAUGACAUCAUUGUUCUCUUUUGUGAAAAGCCCCCUGACGUCAGUCUUCCAGAAGUGAUAUGCAUCAUCAGCCCCAUUGACGCUUUCAACAUGUACAAUGAGGUGAGUCAUUAGAGGUUGAAAAUAUGAUAUAUAUAUUCAGGUAUUUUUAUGUCACCUUUAUUCUUAUGCUGAGGUUCUGGUUGUCUCUGUACUUUCUCUGUCUGCUCUUGAUGUGCAUCCACAGAGCUUUGGUACCAGUAUGCUAUCUUUUCUUUACAUAUUGCAUAAAAGUUUACAUAUUCUAUCAGAAGGCAGUAAUGGAACUCUGUAAAACAAGAUUAGCAAUCCAUACAAGUCUUUCUCUCCAUAUACAUUUAUAAAUAUAUAUACAUUUACAUAUGUGCACACGCACAUGCACACACACACCUGAUGUUGCUUUUUGUUGCUUGACAGUUUGCAUUGCUUUCAUUUUGAACUGUUUUGUGUGUGUCUUAUUUUCAACCCAGCUUAAUUUCCAAUCAAUGUUCUUCAAAACAUGACUAACAAGAACUCAUGAUAUUUCCCUCAGUACAUGCACACACACAACACAGACAAGGAUUAUCACCCCGACAGUGUCCACCCUAAAAGUUGUGUUAUGAUUAUGAUAAUCCAUUAAACAUUUGUUCAAAUAUUUUAAAGGCUUAAUUCAGUUUGUAAAGGGGUAAACUGCACCUUCAGUUAUUGCCGGAAUGCUAAAUGUAAAAUUUUCUCAGUUGGUACACAAAAGCUAAACCUCUUGUUAUCAGUUGUUACUUAAAUUAAGUUUGUCCUUUUCCAGCUUCUUAAUGAAAUUGAAGCCAGGCGAAAAAUGUCAAUGGAUGUGGCAUUGGAACUCAUUGCUGCAUCAUUUGGUCGACCACUUCCAAAACCUGGAAAAGUUAUUCACAUUAGAACAUUGGUGAGUUGCCAGUUUAUGUUUAGCACCGGUGGAACUGCAUUUUUAAAAUAUUUGCUUAUCAGCUGCUUUGCAGAUUUAAAAAAAAAAUUUAAUUCACAUAUAAAAUGUAUGUAGAAAUAUGUUAUAAUUAUAGAAAUUACCAAUAUUAAAUUUAAUUUAUAGAAAAUUGUUUUUUCAAUAAGUAAAUAUGGGAUUAAAAUAUAAAUUUCAGAUUCUUUAAACUGGAAUCAGCGGUACAAAUAAAAUGAAUGUUCAAUUUAUGGCCAAUUGCAUUAUUAUAUGAAAAGCCAUAUGAUAAAAAUCUACUAUCUGUAAACACGAAUGGUGUUUUAAAUAUUUUUGCAUAUGUACAUUGCCUAGUAUCUCAAAACAUAACAUUAGCUCAGAUAGUAAUUUGUAUCAUUUGAGGAAUAAUCAGAGCAGCAUGGUAGCUCUUGAGAAUCCCUUCUAGGUUAUUAAUUACAUUACUAAAUUCAGAAAUUCUUGUUGCUUAGAGCGGUGGUCUAAAAUAAAGCAUGCAUGAAUUUAAUACAAUGAUUUCAGUAUCAAAAAUCCUAUUUUAUCGUAAAUAAUUAUUUAAAUAUAUAAUUAAUUACCGACAACUUGUAGUUCAAUCUUAACAAGCAAUUGGAAUAAUGUUAUCCAUGAUAAGGGAACUGAUAAUAUUACAUGGUGUUAUGGAAAAUGUAAAGAAUAAGAUUCAAUCAAGUUGUAAGAUUAUGGAAAUAAGGAACACAGGUCAGGGAGUACUUUAAGAAAAAAAAAGAAUCAACAAAAUGGAAAUGUAUUAAGGGAAUUUUUUUUUUUUUUUAAAUAUAUUUUAUAUCCGGACAUUUAAUUUAACUUUCUGACUAUCUCUUCUGUUCUAAAUUGUUGGUGAGUAAGACUUUCAUAAGUACCGUCCGUUAAAAAAAAAAAAGAAUAAACAAAAUGGAAAUGUAUUAAGGGAAUUUUUUUUUUUUUUUUUAAUAUAUUUUAUAUCCGGACAUUUAAUUUAACUUUCUGACUAUCUAUCUCUUCUGUUCUAAAUUGUUGGUGAGUAAGACUUUCAGCAGUACCGUCCGUUUACUUGUCUUGUUGUUUCAACCUUUUUUGUUCACACAGCUUAAAUGAAGUGUCUACCAUAUUAUUAAUCAAGGGAAGCUCCUUCCAAAUAGAUUAGGAUUUUGAAUUAUCAUUUUAAAAAAACUUUUAAUUUAAAAAUUGAUUCAUUGCUUUAUAUAUUUAUUUGUCCAACUUACAUAUGUUGUUCCACUAUUUAUUUACAAGCCAGGCUGUCCAACUGGCUGUCUGCAAUGGUGUGCGCAGCCCUUGGCAGUAUACAUUGCAGCCUGUGACUUAUUAAACAUCUUUUAAAAAAAACCAAAAAAAACAGAACAUUUGACUGCAAUAUCUUUAAAACUUAUCAGACUUAAACUGUGUCACCUUAAUGUGUCAGAUGUUAUAAUGUAUGUAUUCUAUUGAAUUAUAUAUAAAUAAUUAUAACCUUUUGAUGUAAUAUGUUAUUAUGCUUGUCAGUGGGGUGUAAAGGCCCACUAUGUAACAUGAGUUUAAAGUUAUCCAAUCAUAGCAUAAUCUGUUCAAAGAGAGGGCCUACCAUAUCUGGCAAAGGAUUGAAUUACUCCUUUAAUUUCCAGUCAAAACAUGAUUCAUUCAGUACAUUUUGGGAAUAUAUAAAAAACAGGGUAUGUUAACAUAUUUAACUUUAAGUUGGGAAUAUAAAACACAGGGUAUGUUAACAUAUCUAAUUUUAAGUUGGGAAUAUAAAACACAGGGUAUGUCAACAUAUUUAACUUUAAGUUGGGAAUAUAAAACACAGGGUACGGUAACAUAUUUAACCUUAAGUUGGGAAGUCUAAACAAGAUAAUGCUGGACAGAAAACUGACAGUGUGUAGAUUAAAGAUUGCAAGGCUAAAACAUCCUUGUCCUGUAUUAAAAUGUCGAUUCUCAUCACAAAUAGCCCUACCUUGUGCAUUAGUUAUUGUAUUUCAUUGUAAACUUUAGAGAAAGAAAUCAAGAUACACUUAUUAAAAAACAACAUGAGCUGUUCAAAGUGAAAUGUACAUGCAUGGUGGCCUCUGAAAUUUAUUGUUCUACAAGCAUGCUGAGUGCAUGGCUUCAACAGCAGUUCUGAAGCCUUUUUAACCAAUGUACCCCUGGACCUUACUGUGAACCCUUUUUAAAAAAAAAAUGUACCCCAAGGACUCAUGUGAAACCAUCACAUAUUGCUUGUCAGUUUGUGAUUUAAAAUCAUUUAGUAAGCUUCCUUUUAUUAACCCUUGGGGGGUAUAUGGCCCCCUGUUUCAGAACCGCUGGUGUUGAAGAAGUCUUAAGCACUGCCAUAGUGUAAACAUUCAGUGCAUGAGUUACAGCUUUAACAAAAGUAUUUGCAUCAUGCAUCAUUUCAGGACAGUAAAAUGGAAAUGGAAACAAUAUUUUUGAAGCGUCCAGCAGACAACAGACUUCAGAAUGUAAGAAUGUUAUAUCAUUUAAACUGUCGCUACAUUUAAUAUGUUAUAUUAAAAUAAUUUUUAAUUGUUAAAAAAAAAGUAAAAGUUUUGAAUUAAAUUAUAUUUAAUGGAAGCUACUCUCAUCUAAAGGAUAAUUAAUCAAAUUGAUAUGGCACACUUGUAAAUAAAAUUUGUUUACAUGAAAGGAUGCCCCUUUUAUUCCCAAUAUAAUCAUAUGCUAAAAAAAUAUACUUUACUUAACUUUUGUCCUGUUUGUAGUGUUAGAACAUACUGACUUCGAAUUGAAAAACAUUAAUCAUAGCAUUGUGUUUUGGUUUGUUUUGUUUAUUUUACUCCUGCUUUUUUAAAUUUUAGUUUUAUUCAUUUUUUUUUUACUUUUUAUUAUUUCAUUAAGAGAUGUGAAUUUGCAAAUUUUACUGAGUUAAUGUGUUUGGAGGUAAUAUAGAACUAAACACAUGGAUAUGUUGUCUGACCAGGUUUAAACUUUGAUCAAACUGAAUAAAUGAGCAAAAUUAGUUUAACAUUUAAAAUAUACAUUUUUUAAUGUUACUUAGAGUUUGAGUUUGUCUUUGUGCAAUUUUCAAAUAAAAAUGUGGAAAUGCAGCCUUGAGUGAAGCCAAAUUUCUACCAAUACCUAACUAUUUUAUUCAAGUUCAUUAAAAAAAAAAUAAAAUGAUUGUUAUGACGACUUUCAAAUUGCUAGUUCAAAAUGAUGAAUCUUUUUGCCUUUGAUUUUUACCUCUGCCUCAUUUUUAGGUUAACUACGAAAGUCCUUUGUAUUACUUGGGCACCGAUAAGCUAGUCAAAGUGUUCGCUGCAAUGCUGAUGGAGAGAAAUAUCAUGUUGUGUUCUAGUAAUCUGAGGUAAACUUUUACGACAAGUAAAGGCAACAAUGGUUGAAAUUAUAGACCACCAUUGUCCUAAUAUACAUUAUGAAUAGUUGCAGUUUAAAAAAUAUAUGUAUAAAAUUAAGCUUUGUUAUUCAAACUUUUUUGCUAGCUAUUAUUUAUUCUCUUUAUAGUGUAACAAUUUAUUUUUCUUCAUUUCUCCUUUAUUACUUUUUUUUUUUUAAAUCCUAUGAGUGCCAGCACUAAUCAAAACGGACUAUCUGGCAUCAUGAACUUUUAUGUACCACCUCCCCAGUGUUCUGACCCAGACAGUGCACGCCCUGGCCGCCCUUUUGUACCCCUUCCAGUGGCAACAUGUGUACAUACCGCUACUGCCCUCGGAGAUGUUGGAUGUUGUGUGUGCACCGAUGCCGUACGUGCUGGGUGUGCUCUCAGCUUUCUUACCACAAGUUCUGAAAAAGGACCUCAGCCAGGUUGGCCUUUGCUAGUUCUAGGAGAUUAUUUUUUUGUUAAAGUGAUAGAAGCUUGUAGUCUAGCAGGAAGAGUUUGACACACAGUGAAACCUCUUCAUAGCUCAAUAAUUGGCGUCCAUAAUAUAGACAAAAUUAUCAUUUAGCCAAGAAAGCUCUGGAUUCAGACAGUUGGGUACAUGGGUAGCUGUCUCUUGCUGUUACAAUCAUCAGAGAGGCAUUGGUGUUAUAAAGCAAAUGCUGUAGAUUGAUUUAUAUAGUAAAGCGAAAACUAGAAAUAUAUUUAUAUUGUAAAGAAAAAUCAUCUCUCAAACAAAGCCCAAUGAUAAGUUUAUAUAUUUUUUUAUUUUUUAGGAUUAAAUUUUAAUUGAUACUGUCAAUUUUUUUUUACAGUACAUUUUAAUUGUGGACUUGGACAAAAAAAGCAUUGUCAGAUGUGUAGGAGAUGAAGCCAACCUCCUGCCAAGGAAAGUCCAGAGGGCCCUCAAAUCUGCUAUAAACUUGUGCAAAAUUGACAACGGUAACGACUUUUGUGACCAGAUGAAGAUAAAUACUGUUAUAAAUUUUUAAAAAUUUGUUAUUAUAUGAAGAAUAUGCUGUCGGUCAUAAAGUCUUGUGACAAAUUAAUUAGUUAAUCCGUUCUUAUUUUAAUGAUGUGAUGAUGAGACAAGGAAAUGGAUUGCAUCUCUCAAAGCAGAGACCAUACUUUGCAUCCCAGUCAUAGAUGACAGGUGAUAGUUUGCAAUAAUAAGAUCAAUAUUUAUUUUUAUUAACUUAUAAUUGGAAGAUAAUUGAGGUGAAAUAGUUUUAAAGCUAUUUUCAUUUCCUUUAACUUAAAAAAACAAAAAACAUAAGAGUUUAUUUUAUAACUUUAUCACUCUGUUUUUAAAUACAAAUCUUUGCAGAGGCCCGCAACGCACAAUGGCUGGUGGUGGCAGAAGCCUUUCUCCGAAUGUUUAUCGAGACUGUCGGACAUUUCGGCACUCACAUUCAGACACAACAGGAUGGGGUCAGGAUAUUUCAGGUUUGAAUAAGUUUUCUAAUCUUACAUGGUUUUCCAAGCACAUCAAAGAGUGAGACUCAUCUUCCAUAAGAGCAGGGCCAUACUGAAAGGGAGUUCUUUCUUGUGGAGCCUCAAUUCAUAAUCUCAUUUCUGUUGUUUAUAAGUUGUUAAAAAAAUGUUUAAAAAAAAAAUUGUUAUUGGAAAAAUAGCUCAGCAUAUUUUAAUUAACGCUCAACAACAAGUUAUAUAAAGUUUUCAAACUUAAUUUCAAUUAUGUGAAGUACUCUCCAUUUCAAUGGAAGUUGUGGUGCAGUAUUUUUUCCACAGUUUAACUAAGCUUAGCACAAUUUGUAAAUCUAGAAACCAUCUCAUUUAGAGAGAUAGACCCCACCCACCCCAACCAACUAAGCUAGAUAUAAAAAUUUAGCUUUGUAAUGUUACACGAACCAAAAAUAGAUGCAUGUUAAUGUAAUGCCCAAAGCAAACCGAAAUAUAUAAAUAAAUGCACAUUUGCUAUUCGAAGUUAAUAGAAAUUUAUACAGAUUUAUUUUUUUAAACUUUAAUUUUGGUAGGACUUUCCCCAUAUUGUAACAAAGUAUUUAAACGAGUCCCUGUUUUCUUGCCAAUAGAAAGAGGCUUUCAUCAUGGAGGUGGUGUCGAAAGAGACUCGCCAGUUCCUUGAAUGGUUCACAGAGACUCAGAUGUUUGAUGUCUUUAUAAGCAACCAUUUGGAGAAAACCGAUUGUGGUACCAGUGGUAUGUAG